CGUGUCCAGGCGUUUAACAUUCAUUUAAGCCCCCCUCUAUAGGAAAAGAGAGAGAGAGAGAGUCAAAGUGAAACCUGGAGAAGCAGGGAUCCAGCCAGCCAAUCACAACCCCCCCUCAGGCGUUUAAAGGGAUGGCGGUGGGCAGUCUCUCGGGCUUUAUGAGCGACUUAUUUUACAACCUCCGCACAUUCUCACGUCCUGACCUCCCACAGACACUCCAGCAGAGCCCAGCGUUUGGAUGAGUAACAGCCUGGUUCGUCAUGGAUCUGUCCUGAGAGCCGCCUUUCUGCUGCUGCUGCUUCGAUUUCUCUCUCUCCUCCAUAUGAGCCGCUGCUAGAUGCUCCUCGCCCUCCCCCCGCCGCACUUGUUGCGCAGAGACUGAAUGCGCCGCUGAGUCCUUGGAGAGGAGAGGCAGGGACGGACUGCAACAGGUGCACACAGCGCAUCUCCUCCAGCAAGGAUACAGCGGAGAUUCCGCUGAACUUUAAAUGCCAGUUUAAAGACCCCUUUCUCAGCCUUCAUUGCGCGCACAAACCCAGGAUGCCGGUUCUAACCAGCCCCGACAUUGCCAAUAAGUUUAAGGAGAAAUGGCUGGCGGUGUACCCAGAGGAUCAGGUGUCUGGGUCGGACUUAGCCCCACUCGACGACAGCCUCACCAGCCUUCAUUGGCUUCAGAAUUUCUCCAUCCUCAGCGCGGAUCCGGAGCGGCCCAACGGCGCCGGACCAGGGUGUCCUUCCUCCCAGCAGCACGUCUUUCUCAAGCGCCUCGGCUUCCCCAGAGCCGGCACCGACUCUCCGUCCAGCCCUCCGGCCGGGGACACCGCCGCCACCGGGAUGCCUCUGUACCUCGGGAGCCCCGUCACCUCCGGCAGCGACUCCACCGCUGCGCCACCGAGGUUCCCCAGUUGCGCACAUCCCACAUCGGGGUACGUGCAGAUCCCCAUCCAGGCGAGUCCGGCGGUGGAGGUCGACUACAAGACCAACCCCAAAGUCAAGCCGCCCUACUCUUACGCCUCCCUCAUCUGCAUGGCCAUGCAGGCCAGCAAGCAGCCCAAAGUGACUCUGUCCACCAUCUAUAACUGGAUAACGGAGAAUUUCUGCUACUACAGACACGCGGAGCCCAGCUGGCAGAACUCAAUUCGUCACAACCUGUCCCUCAACAAGUGUUUCAAGAAAGUCCCCAGACAGAAGGACGAGCCAGGGAAGGGAGGCUUCUGGCAGAUUGAUCCUCAGUAUGCUGACAUGUUUGUCAACGGCAUCUUUAAACGCAGGAGGAUGUCCGCCAACCACUACAGCAGCAGCAGCAGCAGUGGCACAAACAGACAGAGCAAACUACUUCAGGGUUAUCACAGCGCCCAAAAUGGCUGCCCUUACCAAGUGUUGAGUGGCAAGCGGAAGCAUCAGUCCUCUAAAAACAACAACAACAAGGCGAUGAGAGCAACAGAGUCUCCUCUGUUAGCCACUGAGGCUAAUAAAGCAGACAUCCUGAGGGGGGACUUCGACUUGGCCUCCGUGUUUGAUGACGUCCUCGGCGGAAACUGUAGCACCUUUGAGGAUUUGGACAUCAACACGGCACUGAGCUCUCUGGGCUGCGAGCUGGAGGUCUCCAUGCAAGGGAGGCAGCACUCAGCGGGGCUGGGGAGGUGGUGUGGAGGAGGGGACAUUAUGGGCCAGAGCCAGCACGUGAACCACCACCAGUCCUACGGCUACAUGGACCUCAGCGCUGCUUCCAUGGAGUGCACGGUCAACAUGGGAGAGCUGCAUGUUCCUCAGCAGCAUCCACAGCAGCAGCAGCUGGACCAGGACCAGCUGCUCCAAGGCCACCACCAGCUGCAGCAUUUCGACGAUGCCUCGGCGCUGUUCCCAGAGCAGUCGGAGGAGGUGAUGCUGCAGCCCUGGGAGGAGAUUAAAGAAGAGGCGCAGGCCAUUCCCCUGAGUCUGGAUCAGGGCUUCGGUCUGUGUGAGAGUUUCUUCACAGAGAUGCAGCCAUGGGAACGAGUGGAGAGCUACAUGUGACCUUUGACACCAAACCACACUGACUCUUAAUUGCAUACUCUUAAUGACAUCUCUGAUUGCUGGUCCAUCUUUGUAUUAUCUGAAAGGAUAACACUGCUGGUAGUUAGAGCUGCAACCCUUUUACGUCUGCCUCUGCCUGAAUCAUUCUACGAUGAACAUUGCAUUUGUAAUUUAUUUUUCAUUUCAUGUUUCUGAGAUGGAAACAUGUCAAACCUACCCUGCAAACCCAGCGAACAAAGAUGUCCUAUAAUUUCUACACCAGGAUUAUUUCCUGGCUUUUCUCUUCUGGGUCGGUUUAUAGAAAGCAGAGCGUAACAUGAUGUAGAACUGAUAUUAAAACAUUUAAAUCAGUGAAGUGACAAUAGAACAGAGAGACGUUUAUAUACCAAAUUAAAUUUUCAUAUGGACUUGUCUCGCUCUGUAGAAUCAAUGGCACCAAAUGACUUUUUCAGAAGGAAGAAACAUAUAGAGGAGGUGGCUGUGUGAGGACUGAUGCUCAACCUUUAAGUUGGAUUCUCUGCAGCUCAAACGUGAAGAAGUUGGAAAUAGAGAAUGAGCUGCAGCUACUUGUCGCUCUGGGGUUUUGAUUAACUGAUCACAGUGACAGAAGCAAAGCGAGGAAACCUCACCACGCUCCAUCAAAGCACUCUCCAUAAACAAGCACUGUCGCUGCGAGACUGAGAAGACGUGCAGGAUUCUAUUGUGCUACAUUAGCAUUAACUUUUUACUAACAUGCAGUGACAUCAGCCAUUCAUCUCAACUGUCUGUGUCAUGUGAUGAGGAAAGAUGAGAGUUAUCAGAGCGAAAUGGAAAGAACUCCAUUGCGCGAGAAUAGAAAUCAUUCACUUAUGAUGUUGUUAUAUAGUCGAUUUAAUAUAUAUUCACUAAAGUAUACAACAUGAAGCUGGGCAAUAUCAUUUGCCAUUUGUCUACAGUUAGGUAUUUCAAAGCAGAAGCAGAGGAGCAGGCAGAAGGAGACAGAGUCAUGAAAUCGAACAUUAUGCACUUUGAUAGGCAGCGGUUUUAGGAAAGAAGGACAGCUUUUGUUCAGGAUGUUUAAUUUUUAUUUUUUAUGGUAUUAAAACAAUGCUUUUGAGAGUUUACUGACCAUAAUGAAAAUGAUGCAUAUAUGCUGUAAUUGUCCACACCGAUCUCUUAUACGCUGCAAUAAGUCAAAAUCAAGAGUUUGUUUGCUUCAAUAUAGUUUUUCUUUUCAAAUAUUUACGUAAGUGGGCUUUUUUUUUCAUGAUAUUGCGCCAAAUUUGUUGAUAAGGAAUAUGCAGUUCAUUGGUGUUUCUGUGUUGAUUAUUAAGAAAAGAGGAGAGUUCUGCUUUCUGUCACAAGGUGAUGGAUUUUCUCUUGUCUUUACUUUGGUGUAUGUCUUUUUAAAAUUUGUUUGUUUUCACAAAUCUGAUCAGAAAUUUGGGCAGAGGGUUUGGAAGCGGAUACAUGGAUUCAACUCUUAAAGGCCAGACUUUCUUAUUGUAUCAUAUUGAUUAAUGUUGCUGACAAGAACUCUUUAAUCUUACCAUGUUAUUUUCAUUUGUACUUUUUUAAAUGCUGUUUGAAAAUGCAAUCAUGCCUUGAUGCAAUAAAUGGUGUCAAUUAAAGAAAGAAAGGUAACGAUCA